UGUAUGGAUAGAUCGCAGAAGCGUGAAAUAUGACGAACAAAGCGGAAAUAACUUCAGCCACAUGGGGUGUCAGGAGCAGUUUCCACUCCCUGGUCGCCUCUGCCAUUGUUGCCGUCCUCUCCGUCGCGCGUGACGGCUCUCGAUUACGGCUGCCAUCGAACGAGGGUGCCUCGCUUCAAAGCGCGACGACGUUGUGCAAUUUGUUCUCGGGGAGGUGGGUGUACGACAACGCGUCUUAUCCGUUGUAUGAGGAGAAGCAAUGCGCGUUCACGUCAGACCAGGUGGCUUGCGAGAAGUUCGGACGGAAGGACUCAGAGUAUCGCCAUUGGAGGUGGCAACCCCAUGGCUGUGACAUUCCCAGGUUCAAUGCGACGUGGUUGCUGGAGAGAUUGAGGAACAAGAGGCUGGUGUACGUCGGGGACUCUCUGAACAGAGGACAAUGGGUGUCGAUGAUUUGCCUCGUGGAGUCCUCCAUCCCUCCCAACCUCAAAUGGAUAUCUUACCGCCACAAUCACUCGUUAAUCGCCUUCAAUGCCAUGGAAUACAACGCGACGAUUGAGUUCUACUGGGCACCGAUGCUAGUGGAAUCCAAUAGCGACCAUCCAUAUAAUCAUCGUUUACCCGAGCGAAUUGUUCGAGUUCAAGCCAUUGAAAAGCAUGCAAGGGUUUGGUCGGAUGCGGACAUUCUCGUAUUCAAUUCCUACCUCUGGUGGUUGAGACCGGAGAUGAAAGUUCUGUAAGUCCCUUGUGCUCUGUGACAUCUCUAAAGGGUAAGUAAGUUCCAAACUUUUCAUAACUUGUCUUUCUAUUUGGAGUGAAACUUACUUUUAAUUUUUUCUUCUUCAAAUUUUUACUUUUGUGUAAAGCAGACACCUUAAAACUUUCAAAACAAUAUAUGAAU